AGCCUGAAAAAGAAAAAGCGUUUGCUGAAAAGCGAAAAACAUAAGGUGUGGUAGGAGUGGGGACUAAAUCAAGAGCAUCUUUGAACCAUGGCCACGUUACAGUGCAAUUCUCUUGCACUCAUCAGACCGUGUCACUCGAGAAGAAGAAGACCCUUGUUGCACCCACUUCUCUCAUCCACCUCUUUUGUUUCAAGUCUUGCCACUUCUUCAAUUUGCACAAAUUCCAGGAGGUGUUGCGCUGUUUCUGCUGUGGUGUCAGAAGAAAACGCUGUUGGCUCCAGUUUCUCUGCAAUUGAUGUCUUCAAACUCACAUAUUUAGAGGGAAACAGUUGGCUGUGGAAUGUGGGUGGGGCAAAGAUAUUGGUUGAUCCAAUUUUGGUAGGUAACUUGGAUUUUGGAAUUCCUUGGCUAUAUGAUGCUGCUAAGAAAGUGUUAAAGAAGUUCCAGCUCAGUGAUCUUCCGGAAAUUGAUUGCUUACUCAUUACUCAAAGCCUUGAUGAUCACUGCCAUUUGAAGACCUUAAAGCCCUUCUCUCAGAAAUUCCCAGAUAUUAGAGUUAUAGCAACUCCUAAUGCCAAGGGUUUGCUAGAUCCUCUUUUCAGAAAUGUUACAUAUUUAGAACCUGGGCAGAGCUCUGAUAUUGAAACAAAUUAUGGUUCUGAGGUUAGCGUUAAGGCUACUGCAGGACCAGUCCUUGGACCUCCAUGGCAACGCCCUGAGAAUGGGUAUCUUGUUAGAUCCCCACAAGGCCAAUUGUCUCUCUACUAUGAACCCCACUGUGUAUAUAAUCAAAGUUUCAUUGAGAAGGAAAAGGCAGAUAUUGUGAUCACACCAGUCAUAAAGCAGCUUUUGCCAAAGUUUACCUUGGUUUCUGGACAGGAAGAUGCGGUGAAACUUGCAAAGCUGCUGCAAGCCAAGUUCAUUGUGCCAAUGAGAAAUGGAGACCUAGAUAGCAAAGGGCUUCUCGCAAGCAUAAUUUGUGCGGAAGGAACAGUAGAAUCAUUUAAGGAACUAUUAUCAAAAGAAUUACCGGAUGCAAAGGUUUUAGAACCUACUCCGGGAGUGCCAGUAGAAAUUUCAGCAAAUUAAUGCUGUAGUUCUUCUCUGCCCAUUUCCCCCCACCUCCUCCCUUUUUCUUUGGGGGCCAAAAGUUACCACAGUUUUUCUCAGGCGAGGGAUAUAUUGUGUGGUUGAAUAACGACACUUAUUGUAACAUACCGAUGAUUACCCCUUCCCCCUGAUACUAUGUAUAUGUGUGAUAGGUAGUCUAGAGCUAAAUUAUCGUUAGUUGAUUAUGUGAUAUGUUGAUGAUAGAGCUUUCUUGCUUAUUUGAAUAGGAUAAAAGCCUUUAUGAUAUAUUAAAGUCGUUAAAUUAAGUUUAUGGUAUCUAUAGAAG